GGUCCGGGCCCCCACCCGCCUCUCGCCUGCCUCCCGACGGCUGCCUGCCUGCCUGCCUGCUUGCUCGCCCGCCUUGCCUUUCCUCCCUGGUGCCUGGGUGGGCAGCGGCGGCUCUGCAUCGAGCCGGCCGGCGGCGUUCACGUUCAGCAUGGAGCGGGCCGCCUUGUUCGGGAACGGCCGGGAGGUUCCCAUGGCCGCGGGGGACGUGGGCGAGCUCCUGGUGCCUUACAUGCCCACCAUCCGGCCGCCUAGUAUGUCAAGCCAAAGGAUUCAGAGCCAUUGUCUACUACAGCUGCUCUCAUUCUCUUUUUCUUUUCAGGAUUCCGAAGGAGGCCUCUAUGUUUGUAUGAACACUUUCCUGGGAUUUGGAAGGGAACACGUGGAAAGACAUUAUCGGAAGACAGGGCAGUGUGUGUAUAUGCAUUUGAAACGGCACCUGAAGGAGAAGGUAACAGGGGCAUCUGGUGGAGCUUUACCAAAAAGGAGAAACACCAAGCUAUUUUUAGAUAUAGAAUCCAAUGGUGAUCUAAACAGUGAUGAUUAUGAAUAUGAGGAUGAAGCUAAACUUGUCAUAUUUCCAGAUCACUAUGAAAUUCCUUUGCCCAAUAUAGAAGAGUUACCAGCACUGGUUACAAUAGCUUGUGAUGCCGUCCUCAGUUCGAAAUCGCCAUACAGAAAGCAAGAUCCAGACUCAUGGGAAGAGGAGCUACAAGUUUCCAAACACGCCAGCAUUCUUGUGCAGAUGGACAAUGGAGUCAGGAUUCCACCAAGUGGCUGGAAGUGCUCAAAAUGUGACCUCCGGGAAAAUCUUUGGCUGAACCUUACUGAUGGGUCAAUAUUGUGUGGAAGAUGGUUCUUUGAUGGCAGCGGGGGCAACGGACACGCACUGGAACACUACAAAGAGAUGGGUUAUCCUUUAGCUGUGAAGCUUGGAACAAUUACUCCAGAUGGUGCAGAUGUUUAUUCCUUUGAUGAAGAGGAGGCGGUUUUGGAUCCCCAUAUAGCCAAACAUUUAGCACAUUUUGGAAUCGAUAUGCUUCAAAUGCAUGUAAUAGAGAACGGCCUGAAAGAUAAUGACAUUAAACCUCGUGUCUCCGAAUGGGAAGUGAUUCAGGAAUCUGGUAUGAAGCUGAAGCCAAUGUAUGGACCAGGAUACACUGGCAUGAAAAACCUGGGCAACAGCUGCUAUAUCAACAGUGUUCUACAGGCCAUUUUCAGCAUCCCUGAAUUUCAGAGAGCGUAUGUGGGAAACCUUCCGAGAAUAUUUGACUACUCCCCUCUGGACCCAACACAAGAUUUCAACACACAAAUGGCUAAAUUGGGACAUGGCCUCCUUUCAGGCCAGUAUUCUAAACCACCAAUGAAAUCUGAGCUCAUUGAACAGGUGAUGAAAGAAGAACACAAGCCUCAGCAUAAUGGAAUUUCUCCUCGCAUGUUUAAAGCUUUUGUAAGCAAAGGGCAUCCAGAAUUCUCCUCCAGUCGGCAACAAGAUGCACAUGAGUUUUUCUUACAUCUUAUAAAUCUAAUAGAGAGGAACCACAUUGGUUCAGAAAAUCCCAGUGAUGUCUUCCGGUUUUUGGUGGAAGAGCGCACACAGUGCUGCCAGUCCAGGAAAGUGCGAUACACAGAGAGAGUUGACUAUCUCAUGCAGUUGCCUGUGGCGAUGGAGGCUGCAGCAAACAAAGAUGAAUUGAUUGCUUAUGAACUGAAGAGGAGAGAAGCAGAAACUGCAAGGAGACCCCCUCCAGAGCUUGUGCGUGCUAAGAUCCCCUUUAGUGCCUGCCUGCAAGCCUUUUCUGAACCGGAGAAUGUAGAAGACUUUUGGAGCAGUGCCCUUCAAGCCAAGUCUGCUGGAGUUAAAACCUCUCGCUUUGCAUCAUUUCCUGAAUAUCUGGUAGUACAGAUAAAGAAGUUCACUUUUGGCCUUGACUGGAUUCCUAAAAAACUUGAUGUUUCCAUAGACAUGCCAGAUCUUCUGGACAUCAGUCACCUCCGUGCCACAGGCCUUCAGCCGGGAGAGGAGGAACUUCCAGACAUCUCUCCACCCAUUAUCAUUCCUGGUGACCCCAAAGGUACUGCCUGCUACCACGAGGAUCUCUACCUCCCAACCAUUCUCCACCACAACUCACCAGAUAUUGAUGAAUCCUCAGUGAUGCAGCUAGCAGAGAUGGGAUUUCCACUGGAAGCAUGCCGAAAAGCUGUCUACUAUACCGGCAACAUGGGUGCUGAAGUGGCUUUCAACUGGAUCAUUGCACAUAUGGAAGAACCAGAUUUUGCAGAGCCAUUAGCCAUUCCUGGAUAUGCAGGAGCUGCUCUUCCUGGGCCAGGAGGGACAGGGUUUUCUGGGCUAGAGAACCAACCUCCAGAAGAAAUGGUCUCCAUCAUUGUCUCUAUGGGCUUCCAGCGGAAUGUCGCUCUCCAGGCACUGCGGGCAACGAAUAAUAACUUGGAACAUGCGUUAGACUGGAUCUUCAGUCACCCAGAGCCGGAAGAGGAAAAUGGAACCACCACUUCUGAGGCCAUGGAUAUUGAGAAUCAUGUGAAUGCUAACAUCCUUGCAGAAUCUGACCCAGAAGGGCCCAGAGUCAAGGAUGGGCCGGGACGAUAUGAACUCUUUGGGUUCAUCAGUCACAUGGGAACAUCUACAAUGAGCGGCCAUUACGUUUGUCAUCUCAAAAAGGAGGGGAGAUGGGUAAUCUACAACGACCUUAAAGUUUGUGCCUCUGAACGACCACCCAGGGAGCUGGGAUAUAUUUACUUUUAUCGCAGGAUACCAAGUUAGGCCUCAGUUGUGUCCCUUGGCCUUAAGAAGCCAUAAGCCUUUUUAUUUUGCCAAAAAUAAAUAAAUACAUGCAAAUAAAAAUACAUGUAAAAGCUGAUUGAAACAAGUAAAAGCCUUUGGACUAUAAAACCACAACAAAAAAGAAAAAAGAAGAAAGAAGAUAAAACAUUUGGAUACUAUUUAUAGUUUAAAUCAGGAUCAAUCAUUUCAUCAUCAUGCCUUCUUAAACAUUAGCAGAUACAUUUCUGUUAGGUCAUAGCUCAUUGUAAGAUUUUAAUAUUUCUACACAUUUUGCAGAGACCUUAAGACUGUUCCAGUCACCUGGAGAGUUUGAAACACCCUUCUGGAGAACAUGAGGCUGUUCCCAGUCUCUGGGGGGGAAAAAAAGAAAAAAGUUCUUACCUCACAGCUGAGUUACGACUCUUGAGAUUGUCCUGAAACUGAUGAUGGUAGCCAGACACUGCCUUUGACCGGGAUGUUUGCCUCUAUCCUGUUUGAAUGUCAUCAUACGUUCAGCAAAGAGUCUGUUGUCUGGCACUGAAAAUUACUUAGCUAUGAGCUCUCUAUCUUCACCGUUAGGAGGAAAAAAAUGGAAUAGAUCUACGUAUUUAAGAGUGUGACAACCCUGAAUGUUUUGCAGAUUUCAGUGCUUGAAAUUAAGGUUAAUUACUGAAGCAAAAAGAGCUUGCAGUGUUGCCAAAUAGAAAAUCUGGAAGUUCUUUCUUUUUCAAUUGGUGCUUUUAUUAGGCUUGGAAACAUAUCUCAGAUGCCUCUGCCUUGGUCCAGCAAAUGCUGGAGGUUUGGAGGGUCCUCUCUAAGAAAGUGCUCUUUUCCGUCGUUUUUAGUGGAUCGGUUUGCACAAGCGGAUGUGUGCCUCUCUGCUCCACCUGUCAGGAAAUAAAUGCUUUCAUGUGCAAGAGAGCUGCAUGAGCGUACAACUUAAUGGGAGGUUGCAGUAGUGUGCUUGCUUCAUCACCCCCACCCCUUAGCCACGGAUUGCAACUAAGGGUUGAAAGACACCGCACAGAUACGUUUGGGCAGACAUUUCCCUCUUACUUCAUGAGGUUUGCAAGUACUCAUCUAGUGACUAGUCUUUAUCGUGCCUUCUUCCCCUGCCCCACCAGCCACAGGAACAUGGCGCAUUUCUUGGCCCACAGACAGUUGCAGUGUGUCGGGGGACGGUCACAUGACGAAAACCUUGUUCAUGUGGUGGGAAUCCCUCACCAGACAAAAGCCAUAACAGCCAUCACCUACGCCCUGCACUGACAUCAUGUCUCUCUGGCUUUUAGUUUCCUGCUGGUUCAACACUCCUCAAGAAUGCCUUAUAAUUUAAAGUAAUUUAAAAUUGGAAGCUGUGGUUCUCUGAGCAAAAUCCUGUCUCUUUCUCUCCUUCUGUGUCUCUUCUCUCAUUCAUAGAAUCAUAGAAUAAUG